GAUAAAGGAGAAAUUGCAGCAUAUGCAAUACUUGGCUUUAUUGGGCUUACUUUUAUUACAGUUUUUAUGUCUGGACUAAUUAAAAGUUGCAAAAAAGGAAUAGCUCCUCAAUUUCUUCUUUAUUUUAUCUUGGCAUUUGUCUGUCCUCCUUUAAGUGUUAAGCUACUCAAAGAUGAGAUAGAAGAUUUAAAAGAACAGCGCCGGAUUUUGGAAAAGCAAAACGGACGAAAAGAUGAAUCACCUUGGUAUAAAGAAAUAAUUACUUGCUUCG